AUGCCUCCAACGGAAACGACCGCCGCUCGCAACAGGGAACCACCGGAUUCCCCAUCUGGAUCCCCCGUCCAACCAACCAAGAAGUCAAAGUCCACAUCCAAUGGAGAACCUGCGGGACAGAAUGAUACAGAAAUGGCAGUGGUGACGGCGGUGGCAGAGCCGGAGCACUCCGACGACGACGCAACCAUGACGGAACAGGGGAGAACACACACGAUCCCUCCCAGCAAAAAUGGCAGCCCAUCGAAGGGAAUCACAGGUACGUACAAAGAUCGAAUGCUCGGCAAUGGGCCGCCGAUUGACAUCCCAGAAGGCGACGACCUUAUGUCCGACGAGUCAGAUAAAGAAGAUGCAGAAGACGACCCCGAAUGUCCAACGAUAAGAAUCAAGAAGCGCACCGAUGCAAAAAUUCGUCAGAAGUUUCAACGGGCGGUCACAUUCCGAAUUCUGGGGAAAUCCUUCCCGUUUUUGUUCAUCCAACGAAGAAUCCAAAAGCUUUGGGCCCGUACCGGGGGGAUUCGUGUUAGCGAUGUUGGGAAUGGCUACUUCCAAGCCGCCUUCGACUCACAGCUGGAUAGAGACAGAGCGUUGUAUGGAGGACCAUGGACGGUCGACGAUUACUACAUCGUCUCGGAACCAUGGCGGAUCGACUUUGACCCUGACUUCGACACCAUUGAGAGAACGUCGGUGUGGGUAAGGCUCCCAAGACUCCCACUCGCUUAUUUCGACCAGGAAAUUCUCACCGACAUUGGAAACAAGAUUGGAAGAAUGGAGAAAAUCGACUUCAACACAGCUAACGGGGUUAGAGGAAACUAUGCGCGGAUCUGUGUCGAGAUUGAUCUCAGGAAAAAACUUGUCUCAAAAUACAGAAUCAAGCGAAGGGUGAGAAGGAUUGAAUACGAAGGGCUUCACACAGUCUGUUUUUCUUGUGGCAAAUUCGGACAUCAGGAGGAGGCGUGCCGUGAGAACAAAACAGGGGAAGAUCAACAAAAAGGGAGAAAAGAAGAACAGGAGAAAGAACAGGAGAUUAGGCCUGAGAUACUUGAGGAUUUUGGACCAUGGAUGCUGGCAACCAGGAGCAGACGAAGAAAACAAACACCGAGGAAGCAGCCAAAUGUUGAAUCGAAAGGAGGUGACAAUCGAAAAACUGAUGAGCAGGUCGGUGGUUCCCGGUUCAACUCUCUACUGGACGAGGAAGCAGAAGAAACAGAGACAAUGGAGGACGUGGAGGAAGCAGAAGCAGAAACAGAAACAACAAUCCAGCAAGAACAGAGUUCAGUGUCCAGAACACAAGGAAAGACACAAGUGAAACAAGCGAAAAAGACACCAAAAGAGAAGUCCAAAAAUGAUAAAGAUGAAGAGAACCCUAAGCAACAUCGGACACCGCAAGAAGGCAAUCAGAAGCAGAGUAACAAAACAAGGAAGGAAAACCAGAAGGCGUCCCCAGAAGCUUCCCUCCCCCCAACCAAAACAACCGAAGCCACAACUUCGACCACCUCAUCCUUAUCCACAACCCCUAAACAAGGAAGUGGAGACAAGAAGAGGAACGGAGAUACCAGCACUGAUCCGAACCAGGGGAGGAUGUUGUUGUCUUCGCCCAGGCAGAAGGGUGUGACUAAAGUUAAGAAGCCACCUGAUGAGGCAAUUAAGGGUGAUAAGGCUAAGCACAAUGUACCAAAAUCACACCAAGACUGCCAGACCCAGAGAACGGCCAAUGAUCAUCAGAAUGAAGGUAACAACUCGUCUAGGAAAAUCACGUUUGGUCACAUUGAGGAGGCCACUGAGAAGAAACAGAAUUCUUACUCUAAAACCCAGAACAAGGGAGCAAGUAAGAACGAGAAUGGAUCAAUGGCUAUGGCCAUUGAUUUGAAAUGA